CCGUUCCAAUCCAAGUCGCUCUCUCGCAUCUCGCGCGCCUCGUGAACCAAUCCAAUCCCUAACCACGAUUAAAAGCAAGCAGCGCAGCCCACUCUCCCACCUGCGCUAAUUAAUCACGUCACGAGAUCCCCUUCUCCGCCCAUCCCUCCUCCGCCUCAGUCGCACGCCUCGGCGCCUCGCCUCGCCUCGCUCCCACCGCCACCGCCACUCGCGCGCCCCCCGCAGCGCCGGACCGGGCUCGCUUCCGCGCGGCCGUGCACCGGGGGACCGGGGGGAUAUCCCGCGGCGAGCCCCCGCCGCCCGCGCCACAGGGUGGCCUUGAAGGAUGAUAAUUGAAGCAAAAUGAUUCUAUAUUUCAACAUAUUUUGGAGAUGGAUGAUCUGCCAGGGGAUGAAGGGAGAUCCCAGACACAAUCUUCAGAUCCAAAUUGGCCCUCCCAUUUGGAUCACAAGUUCCAGUCCCUUUCCCUGACUAAACAGGAAAAUUUUUUGGAUUCUGCAUAUUCUUCCCUUGAUUCUAGGGAAGCUGGUCAUUCAUUGCAGGCUGCUCAGACAUUGUGGUCUACUGGAUCUCUAUCAGGUCCAAUACCCAAUGGUUUUUAUUCCAUUAUUCCGGAAAAGAGGCUCAAGGAGCGUUUUGACACCAUACCUUCUCCAGAUGACCUUUAUUCUCUUGGAAUAGAAGGAUUUAAGGCAGAGAUUAUCCUUGUGGACAUAGAAAGGGAUAAAAAGAUAUCUGCUUUAAAGCAGCUAUGCACAGCGCUGGUAAAAGGAUUGAAUUCAAAUCCUGCUGCCAUGAUAAAGAAGGUUGCAGGUUUGGUUUCUGACUUUUACAAGCGACCAAACCCGCAUCUCAGUCCUGCAAGAACUUCCUCCGAAGAACUUUCUCAUUUCUUAGAAAACAGGGGAGUUCAAUUUCUGGGACAGAUAAGACAUGGAUCAUGCAGGCCGAGAGCUAUAUUAUUUAAAGUUCUUGCUGACUCUGUUGGUAUAGACUCUAAACUGCUGGUGGGCAUUCCAAAUGAAGAACCUCAUGGUUAUGAUGAUUCGUCCAAACAUAUGUCUGUUGUGGUCACGAUGAAAUCUGCGGAGUUUCUAGUGGACCUGAUGCGUUUUCCAGGACAAUUAGUUCCAUUUUCAUCCAAGGCUGUCAUCACAUCCCAUAUAUCUGCGGCUGGAGAGAGCGAUUCAGUUGACUAUGAUUCCUGCGAUUCUCCUCUUGAACCGAACAGUCCCCUAUGUGCUCAACGGCAAGAGCAAGAUGACAGUAACAGAUCUUUUAAAGCCACCUCUCUAAGAAACAUCAUGCUCAAAUCAACAAAUUCUAUGGAGGGUAAAAUGAAGUGUUCAUCACAUAGUGACCCAAAUGUUGCCAACGCCUUCUAUGGUCGCAGUCGGAAGAAAGUUGUGGAUGAACAUCAAAGAACUGCAAGUUCAAGUCCAGAGCAUCCAUUGUCCAGAGUUCGUGGGCGCUCAAUGCUGGGUGACAAACAACAGGGUAACGGUGUAGCUGUGUCAAGGUCCGAUGGCGCAUCAACAUCAAAUGCACGUAUAGCACGGAGACGAAGUAUAAGUAUCACCCCUGAAAUCAGUGAUGAUAUUGUGAGGGCAGUUCGAGCAAUGAGUGAAAGUAUGAGACAGAAUCGCCUUUCAAGGGGGCAGAAUGAUGGUACUCUUGUAUCCUCAAAUGAUUCACAGAAACAUGAACCUUCUGGUGACCCCCAUGACGAUGAAGUAUCUACAAGACGACCAAGCGCACUGGAGGGUUUGAGAAGACAAAUUAAUAGUCAGAAAGCAGUGUCAUUACCUUCGUCACCCCAUAGGUCAAGUAUCCUUGCCUCUGACCUUAGGGGCCCAUCUGACUUCACAGAAGCUGAUCUGAUGUCAACCUGGAAUAAGGUUUUGCAGUCUUCACCAUUUCUGAACAAGCCUUUAUUGCCAUAUGAGGAAUGGUGCAUUGAGUUUUCAGAGAUUACUGUUGGUAUUCGUGUGGGAGUAGGGUUCUUUGGAGAAGUCUUUCGUGGCCUCUGGAAUGGAACAGAUGUAGCUAUAAAAGUAUUCCUGGAGCAAGAUUUGACAACAGAGAAUAUGAAAGAUUUCUGCAACGAGAUCUCAAUACUUAGCCGACUUCGACAUCCCAAUGUCAUACUCUUCCUUGGUGCAUGUAUGAAGCCUCCUCACUUAUCCCUAGUCACUGAGUACAUGGAAUUGGGUUCUUUGUACAGUCUGAUUCAUUCAAAAACGCACAAAACGAAGCUCCAUUGGAAAAGGAGGUUAAAGAUGCUCCGUGAUAUCUGUAGGGGCCUCAUGUGCAUGCACCGACUGAAGAUUGUUCAUCGUGAUCUCAAGAGUGCAAAUUGCCUUGUUAACAAAUACUGGACAGUCAAGAUAUGUGAUUUUGGGCUCUCUCAAAUAAUGUCAGAUUCUGCAAUGAAUGACAACUCACCUGCGGGGACUCCAGAGUGGAUGGCUCCUGAGCUCAUUCGCAAUGAGCCAUUCACAGAAAAAUGCGAUAUCUUCAGCUUUGGGGUUAUCAUGUGGGAGCUUUGCACUCUGAGUAGACCAUGGGAAGGAAUACCACCUGUUCAGAUCGUUUAUUCUGUUGCCAAUGAUGGGGCGAGACUGGAAAUACCAGAAGGACCUCUUGGAAGCUUGAUUGCGGAUUGCUGGGCAGAGCCGGAGAGGCGUCCAAGCUGCCAGGAGAUCCUGACUCGCCUUCUUGAUUGCGAGUAUACUCUAUGCUGAGAUUUUUGCCUCUAGUCUGUAUAGUGGUUUUAGGGGCACCAAAUUGGUCCGGCUUAUACAUGAAUUUUCAUUUCCCGUUUUACAUCAUUGAGGAUGUAAAUUAGAAAUAUAUACUAUAAUAAACAAACUUUUUGGUACCUCUUUAAUGCCACAUAUGAUUCCCUGAAAUUAAAGAUUUUUUUCCUGGAAAAA